CCCCUUCGGCGGGGUGAGAGGUCAGCAGAGCGCAGGUCGGCAGGGGCGACAAUGGCGGGGCUCUGGGUUGGGGCGGCGGCGCUGGUCGGGGCCGGACGGCGUGGGCGGCGGUUGCCGCAGCCGCUGAUGCGGAGCUCAGCGCUGUGGACCCUGAAGCAUGUCCCACACUACUCAAGACAGCACUUAAUGGUGUCCCGUAGUCUCUGUUCAGCAGGAUAUGAUUCUAAUGAAAAAACUUUUGAUAAAAUUCUUAUUGCUAAUAGAGGAGAAAUUGCAUGUAGGGUUAUUAAAACUUGCAAGAAGAUGGGCAUUAAGACAGUUGCCAUCCACAGUGAUGUUGAUGCUAGUUCUGUUCAUGUGAAAAUGGCGGAUGAGGCUGUCUGUGUUGGCCCAGCUCCCACCAGUCAAAGCUACCUCAACAUGGAUGCCAUCAUGGAAGCCAUUAAGAAAACCAGGGCCCAAGCUGUACAUCCAGGUUAUGGAUUCCUUUCAGAAAACAAAGAAUUUGCCAAAUGUCUGGCAGCAGAAGAUGUCAUUUUCAUUGGACCUGACACACAUGCCAUUCAAGCCAUGGGUGACAAGAUUGAAAGCAAAUUAUUAGCUAAGAAAGCAAAGGUUAACACAAUCCCUGGCUUUGAUGGAGUAGUCAAGGAUGCAGAUGAAGCUGUCAGAAUUGCAAGGGAAAUUGGCUACCCUGUCAUGAUCAAGGCCUCAGCAGGUGGUGGUGGGAAAGGCAUGCGAAUCGCCUGGGAUGAUGAAGAGACCAGGGAUGGUUUUCGAUUUUCAUCUCAAGAAGCUGCUUCUAGUUUUGGUGAUGAUAGACUACUAAUAGAAAAAUUUAUUGAUAACCCUCGUCAUAUAGAAAUCCAGGUUUUAGGUGAUAAACAUGGGAAUGCUUUGUGGCUCAAUGAAAGAGAAUGCUCAAUUCAGCGAAGAAAUCAGAAAGUGGUGGAGGAAGCACCCAGCAUUUUUCUGGAUUCUGAGACUCGAAGAGCGAUGGGAGAACAAGCCGUAGCUCUCGCCAAAGCAGUAAAAUAUUCCUCUGCUGGAACCGUAGAAUUCCUUGUGGACUCAAAGAAGAAUUUUUAUUUUUUGGAAAUGAAUACGAGACUCCAGGUGGAGCAUCCUGUCACAGAAUGCAUUACUGGCCUGGACCUAGUCCAAGAAAUGAUCCGUGUUGCUAAGGGUUACUCUCUCAGGCACAAACAAGCUGAUAUUCCCAUCAACGGCUGGGCAGUUGAAUGUCGGGUGUAUGCUGAGGACCCCUACAAGUCUUUUGGUUUACCGUCCGUUGGGAGAUUGUCUCAGUACCAAGAACCAAUACAUCUACCUGGUGUCCGGGUUGACAGCGGCAUCCAACCAGGAAGUGACAUUAGCAUUUAUUAUGAUCCAAUGAUUUCAAAACUGAUCACAUAUGGUUCUGAUAGAACUGAAGCACUGAAGAGAAUGGAAGAUGCACUGGAUAAUUAUGUUAUUCGAGGUGUUACACAUAAUAUUGCAUUGCUCCGAGAGGUGAUAAUCAACUCACGUUUUAUAGAAGGAGACAUCAACACUAAAUUUCUUUCUGAUGUGUAUCCUGAUGGCUUUAAAGGACACAAGUUAACAGAGAAUGAGAGAAACCAAUUAUUGGCAAUAGCAUCAUCAUUGUUCGUGGCAUUCCAAUUAAGAGCACAACAUUUUCAAGAACAUGAAAAUUCAAGAGUGCCUAUUAUUCAACCACAAGUGGCUAACUGGCAGCUCUCAGUAAAAUUGCAUGAUGAAGUUCAUACUGUCGUAGCAUCAAACAGUGGGCCAACAUUCUCUGUGGAAGUUGAUGGGUCGAAACUAAAUGUGACCAGCACGUGGAACCUGGCUUCACCCUUAUUGUCUGUCAGCGUUGAUGGCACUCUGAGGACGGUGCAGUGUCUUUCUCGAGAAGCAGGUGGAAACAUGAGCAUUCAGUUUCUUGGCACAGUGAUCUAAUGAGGACAACUGUUCAUGAAAGCUCUUGUCUGCAUAACUGCAUUCUAUUUGUUUGGAUCCUUUCUACCGUUUACCAAGAAGAGUUUACCAAAGAUCCUCACAUGCAGAGUCGACAGGGAGAGGGUACAGGUAAUAUUUUAUCUCAGAAGCUGCUGCUCUUUGUUUGGCCUUCCAUUUUGUAAAAGUCCUGUAAAACCUUCCUGGUAAGAUGUGUCAUAUAGAGUGUGUUACAGCAUCAUCUCACAGUGGGCUCUGUAAAAAUUUUUUGUUGUUCUUUUUGGCUAGCAUAUAAUUGCAUAGCUCUUUAAUGUUUUGUUGUACUUGCCCCCACGUGUGGGCGGUAUAUGGGCAUGGUGCCCAGCAGGACAUGUGAGAGGCAAAUAGUAUAGUCAGUAUCUCAGGUAUGUGUUUCUGAGAAGGGGCUUUCCCAAGCUGGCACGGGUGUGUGUAUGGAUGUAAAUUCUCAAGCUUGUGGGGGACAGCUAAGGUAAUUGCUAAGGUGUCAGUGUUAAUUACCCUAGGUAAUUACCAUGAGGUCAGGGGACACGGGAAACACUUCACAGUUGUUUGAAAUAGAACCCCUGCCUCAUUGAAGCACAGGGAAAUGAUUAGUUGCCUAGGUUUUAACAGUCACCCUGAAUGUACACCGUGUCCCAGACCUCACCCAACCCUUUCCUGUCUCAGUUGCUCAUGAAACUAGACCAAGGAGACAGUGCUCCUUGAAUGCCUACAGUGUGCCCAAUGCUGUAUAUUUGUCACCUCAGUUCCCACAACUGUUUGAAAUCAUCAGCAGAAACCCCUUUUUACAGGUGAGGUCAUAUCCCCUGAGCCACCCAGGUGCCCCAACCCUCCUUUUAAGUGUUUGAACUUAGGGACCAGCCACUUAAUGGGAUAGAGUAUAAAAGCUUCAGGCUCCUCUGCUUUCUCACAAGUUACUUUGUAUUCAGGGAAGGAAUGUUCUUUUUACAAAAGGUAGUAUUUAUCCAAGUAAUCAUUCCAGAUUUUAAAAAUAGAUUAAAAUUUCAGUUUGAUUUAAAGUCUUUUUUCUUGGGAUGCCUAUUGGUUAAGCAUCCAUAUCUUGAUUUCGGCUCAGGUCAUGAUCUCAUAGUUGUAGGUUUGGGCCCUGAAUCAGGUUCUGCUCUGGGAGUGCGGAAACUGCGUGAGAUUCUCUAUCUCCCUAAUGCCCCUACCCUGUUUGCGCUUGCUCACUCAGUCUCUCUCAAAAUACAUCAAUAGACUUAAAAAAAAAUCUUUCAAUUUGAAGGUGAGAAAAACUUUAGAUGAUAUUGAAGGUAAUUAGAUUGUGGAAUACAUGUUAAAGUGUGUGGUAAAAAAGUAAUUGUCCUUAUUUGAGUAUUUAACCCUUCUUUUUCUACCUCCCACUGCUUUGUUCAACCAAACUAUGAGCCCCCUCAAAGUAUUUUAGGAAUAACAUGGGUAGUUUUUGAAAUACAGGUGCCUGGCAGUAUUUCGCAGUAUUGCAAGUCUAGACUGGCAGUUCUGAGCCCUGGGCCAUUUUGCUUCUGACAGGACACUUGGCAAUGUCUGGAGACAUUUUGGUUAUUGCAAGUGGUGGGCUGCUACUGGAAUCUAGUGGGUAGAUUUCCUAAAAGUUAUUGGAGGCAUCACCAGGGAUAUUUCUAAAUAUCCUACAGUAAACAAGACAGCUCCCGUAAAGGAAUUAUCCAACCUGAAAUAUCAGCAGUGUCGAGGUUGAGCUGGAGUCUAGACAAUAACUAUGGAACAGCAUGUAAUUACCUGUGACCGUCUCUCCAGCUGUCCUCAAAGCUCUCUACUGUUCUGCAGACUUAAGUGUCCCCUGGACAGGUAGUCUGCAGCUGCCCCAUCUUUUCAGUCUUAUUUGUGAAUCGAUGGACUUGCUGACAUCUUGAUCAUAUUAGCAAAGAACUGGGCCCCAGACACAUAUAUGUCACGUGUAUUGUUUUGCUAUUUUGUCCUAAUUUGAUGAUCCUGUCUGCACUUUGUGUCUUCACAGAGUUUUGACCGACAUGUCAUUCCUCUAAAUGAAGUUUUCUCUUAACCAGUGUCUGCAGUUAUGAUCCAAAGGACUUUGAUAUUGUUUUUUAUAUUGAUUGUAUCUAAAUUUCAUUUCAAAAAAAAACCAAACAUCUUACAUCUCAGGCUUGCCCAUCAGUAGAGUUUUCUUGUUGAAUCAGCUCUGUUAAUGCCACAGCUGCUCAGAGUAAAAGAUCAAUUAGAUGUUGUGGUAUCAGUUUAUCAAUUUGUUGAAAAUAAACCUAUAUAAAUACAUGCUGUGUGCUCCAUGUGUGCACACAGCGUGUCUGAGCUUUCCACAAAGCCUGUAUCUUCCCAACGGCGGCUCUUGUGGUUUGAAGGCAGGGUUGUGAGCGGGUGAGAGUGGGGCCCAGGUAGGAGCUUCCUGACCUCACACUUCGGCACCCCUACACCCUGUGGCCUGCAUUCUAGCCUUUGGUGGUUCUGCAGAUUUGGUAUUUACUUUGCGGGGUGUUCUGAAAUGUACCUACAGGUUUUUAAUUUAUGGAGGUAAUUGAGUGUUGCCGCAGAGGUUAAUGCCAUUGAAAGAAUUUCUUAACAUUUUCCAUGAGAAGAGAGUGCCCCACACCAUGCAGGGCCACUGCAGAAGCACCAGGGUUUGUCAGGAGGCAAAAAGGAGCCAAGGGGGAGAAACAUGGACAGGAGGAGCCUUUAUUGGGGUUUGCACAGGAAAGGCAAGGUAGGGCAGUCUAAGUGACUUAGGACUGCUAGUUGGCUUUUCAUUGGGCUUUGGACUUUAACAAGUGGUCUCUGGUUGUCUGAUACCUGGCCCUGGGAUGAUUUAGGGCAUGGGAAAUAAUGGCUUGGGUGAGUGUAGUUAGCUUGCAUAGGAAAGGCAUGUUCCCAGGUAAGUUCCUCCCUAUCUUCAGGAGUUAGCCAGCCCUGGGAAGGGCAGUCACUCCCCAGGUCUGUAGGGUCUCGAAGAUAUCAAAACAGUAUAAGAAGUAGGAGGGAAAACCCUCACGAUUAAUACACAUAGAACCCGGAAAUAAUCACAUCCAACGGAACUCACAGCAACUAAACCACAGUAUGUGGUUAUUAAUUUGAGGUGAGGAAUAUUUCUUCCUGUGACCAAAUCUUUAAAUCUGUUCUUCAGAACACCAGGUGAAUGAUAGUAUCAGAAUAAUUAGGAAGGCUGGUUAGGCAGAUUAUUUCAAAACUAAUGUGGGUUGUCAGAGCAGAGAGAGACCUAGAGUACUUAUGCUAUGCUGAAAUCUCACAGAAUCACUUCU